GCGGAUUAUCCUCGUCCAGGUAGAUACGACCUCGGCAGCUCCAACAGUUGGAACGAGACUCGAGUCAACGAGCUUGCGUUACUUAACCGCGAUCCGUCUCUGGCCGUCACUACGACAAACUUGCGAUUAUGUGCGGUAUCUUCGCUCUUCACGGCAUCGACAAACCAGCAACUGUCCGAGCCCGGUGCCUCGCGUGCUCGAAGAAGCAGAGGCAUCGUGGACCGGACUGGUCGGGGUGCUACGUCGGCAAGGACGCUGUGCUCGUGCAUGAACGUCUCGCCAUCGUCGGCGUCGAUACCGGUGCCCAGCCGCUCGUCAGUGAGGACGGGAAGACUAUCCUCUGCGUCAAUGGAGAAAUCUACAACCACAUUGCUCUGCGUACGAGCCUUGGCCCCGAUGUCAAGUUCAAGACCCAUUCGGACUGCGAGGUCAUCUUGCCAUUGUACAAGAAACACGACAAGGCGCUAUGCAACAUGCUCGACGGCAUGUUCUCCUUUGUCCUCCUCGACGAGUCCGUCACUCCCUCACGUAUCAUUGCUGCCCGCGACCCGAUCGGUAUCACCACAUUAUACAUGGGCCGCAGUUCGCAGCGCCCGGGCGCAGUAUGGUUCGCGUCCGAGCUGAAGUCACUUGUCGACGACUGCGACGACAUCCUCUCUUUCCCCCCGGGCCACGUCUACGACAGCACGGACAACUCUACCACGCGCUACUUCCAACCCACAUGGUGGGAAGGCGACUCGGAGGCUCCCGAUGCGCCGAUACCAACACAGAAGGCCGACCUGAAGCUCAUCCGCGAGACGCUCGAGGCGGCGGUCAGGAAGCGGCUCAUGUCCGAAGUUCCCUUUGGUGUCCUCUUGAGCGGCGGGCUAGAUAGCAGUCUAAUUGCCGCCAUCGCCGCGCGCGAGACGGAGAAAGUCGCGCAGGCGCACUUCGAGGCCCGCCAAAAGAAGAUUGCAGAGCUUAGGAGCGGUCCGGCCAGCCCUGUACCAGGUGCGGUCUCAGAACUUGAGACAAUCAUCUCAUGGCCUCAGCUUCAUUCCUUCUCCAUCGGUCUGGAGAAUUCGCCCGAUCUCUUGAUGGCCCGGAAAGCGGCGCACUUCCUGGGAACCGUCCACCAUGAGUACGUGUUUACCGUUCAAGAAGGCUUGGACGCGAUCCCGGAGGUCAUUUACCACCUGGAGACGUACGACGUGACCACCGUCCGCGCGAGCACGCCGAUGUACCUGCUCAGCCGGAAGAUAAAGGCGAUGGGCGUGAAGAUGGUGCUCAGUGGCGAGGGCAGCGAUGAGAUAUUUGGAGGCUAUCUCUACUUCCACGCCGCGCCAGAUGCCAGGUCGUUCCACCAGGAGUGCGUCCGACGGGUCAAGAACUUGCAUACGGCGGACUGUUUGCGCGCUAACAAGUCGACCAUGGCAUGGGGCCUCGAAGCCCGUGUUCCCUUCCUCGACAAGGCCUUCCUCGAAGUGGCAAUGAACAUCGACCCUGAGCAGAAGAUGUUCAGCAAGGGGUCGGCACAGGAGACAGAUGCCGAUGGCUGCCCCAAAAUGGAGAAGUACCUACUCCGGAAAGCAUUUGACUGCUCGCCUGAUGGCAAGCCGUACCUCCCUCGAUCUAUCCUAUGGCGGCAGAAGGAGCAGUUCUCCGACGGCGUCGGUUAUUCGUGGAUCGAUGGCAUGAAAGACCUCGCAGCGAGCGUUGUGUCGGACGCAGACUUCGCGAAACGCGCAGAACGUUGGCCGACAGAUACGCCGGACACGAAGGAAGCGUACUACAUUCGCGACGUCUUCGACAGUCUCUUCCCAAGCGAAGCCGCUGCCAAGACCGCCGUACGGUGGAUACCUCGUGGCGACUGGGGCUGCGCUUCGGACCCGAGCGGCAGGGCGGUCAGCAUUCACGAGGCUGCCUACGACGCCAAGGCGGAAGCGUGAUCUCAAAGCGAGAAGAGGAUGAAGAAAGAGGAAAAGAUUCCAGAUUGCACACGACGAAAGCAUGGAUCAUAAUACAGUUCGUAUUCUAUGUCAACAAAACCUGCGGGCGAUGGUUCAUCGAGUCGAGGCUAGUAGAAGAGACGAAGGAGGAAGGAGCGACUGUGCUUGUGAGUGUAUAUAGUAGGAACGAUGCCAGAAGAAAGACAUUGCAGAGGCUCCAGAGAUAUGUAACGAUCCAUGAGCGUGCCCAACGAGAGCAAC